AUGGCCAAACGACAAGCCGAUUCCGAACUCGAAGAAGGUCUGAGAAGCUCUCCUGCUUCAAAGAAGCCGCGAUUUGAUGACGCUGAUUCCCGCAAUGGCCAUUUCAAUGGUCGCGAGUGGGAGCAAGACGAACGCAAUGGGCAGAACAUUCUUGCUGCCGCUGAUUUGGAAGGCGCUGAACUACAGGAAGCUGAACCGAGCCGACCAGAUUCUCCCGAUUACGAUGAAGCGCUACCAGUAACUCAAAAACGUCAAUCAGAACCGAUGGAAGGCUACGGUGACUUGUACCUGGAUACCAUCAAUCGCGCCGUACUGGAUUUCGAUUUCGAGAAGCUGUGCUCAGUGUCCUUGUCAAAUAUAAAUGUCUAUGCUUGCUUGGUGUGUGGGAAAUAUUUCCAAGGGCGAGGCAACAAAUCUCAUGCAUAUUUUCACGCUCUGGAUAUUGGCCACCACGUCUUCGUGAAUAUGGAGACGAAAAAGGUUUAUGUUCUUCCUGAGGGAUACGAGGUGAAGAGCAAAAGUUUGGAUGAUAUCAAGUAUGUGGUGGAUCCAACCUUCACAAAAAGCGACGUCGUGAGGCUGGACAAAGAGAUUAGAGAUGCAUGGGAUUUACUUGGCAAAAAAUAUCGACCUGGAUAUGUCGGAAUGAAUAAUAUCAAAGCAAACGACUAUCUGAAUGUUGUCGUCCAAGUUCUUGCGCAUGUCACACCGAUUCGCAAUUUCUUCCUGCUCCAAAAUUUUCCUGUCCCAGGAUCCCCUCAGCUAUCUGUCAGGUUCAGCACUCUAGUCAGGAAGCUAUGGAACCCCAAAGCAUUCAAAUCUCACGUAUCACCACAUGAACUGCUCCAAGAAAUUGCUCUGCGUUCCUCAAAACGCUUCACACUUACUCAGCAGUCCGAUCCUGUUGAGUUUCUUUCCUGGUUUUUGAACAACCUCCACCUUAGCCUUGGAGGAUCAAAAAAACCAUCCAAAACACCUACGAGUGUUAUCCAGCAGGCAUUUCAAGGCCAUUUACGGAUUGAAAGCCAGGCGAUCACAGCGCAUUCCGAUACUACGAAUUCUCGACUAGUUUUCACCGAAUCAAGUCAAACAAAUACUCAAACGUCACCUUUCCUAAUCUUAACUCUCGACCUCCCUCCCACUCCAUUGUUUCAAUCUGCAAACAGGGAAUCCAUCAUUCCACAGGUACCAUUGACAACCCUCUUAAACAAGUACAAUGGCAUCACAGCAUCCGAGAAACUUUCUCACCGCGUACGCCAUCGACUAUUACACCCCCUACCUCCUUACCUACUCUUUCAUAUAAAACGCUUCAGCAAAAACAAAUUCGUUGCCGAGCGAAACCCCACUAUUGUCACUUUCCCAUCACCGCGUUCGCUGGACAUGUCUCCCUACGUUGAGCCAAACCCAGAAAUUUAUCCUCCCGGUGAGCCUAUCAUAUACGAUCUCGUGUCGAAUAUUAUCCUCGACGCAGAUGCCCCAACACCGGGAGCCGGAGAAGAUACCGCUGCAGCAGACAAGGGCCUAACAGCAGCCGGUGGACCAGCAUCUUCAACCGCAACAGGCGCCGGUGCUGGCAGCGAGAAAGUAUCGUGGCUAGUACAGCUACACGAUAAAGCCAUGGCGGCGGAAAAUGUGAAGCAACAGCAGCAGCAGCAGCGGGGGCCUGAAUGGCUUGAAAUUCAAGAUUUAUAUGUGCAACGAACGGAGAGUGAGACUCUGUUCACAAGGGAGUCUUACUUGAUGGUCUGGGAAAGGCGGAAAACUUUAGGGAUGCAGAAGGGCAAAGGGUCGGCCCACAAAUGA